UGGAGAUGGAGAAAUCAGGCUUGUCUCCUGUCAUCUCAAAGCAGCAGCUGCAGAGGCAGAAGGAACUGAGAAAUACCAAGACAGACUUGGCCAAGCAGAGUCUCAUUUCAUCUGAGCAAUGGCUUCAACUUCACGGGCUUAAGAGCAACAAAUUGACCUUGAAACAGAUUUUGUCACAGAUUGGAUUCCCACAAUGUGAAGAUUAUGUGACUUCUCUGGGGAGACUUGUGACUUCUCGGUAUGCGGAGGGCCUGUUUCCACGGUCCUUCACAACACAAGAUGGCAAAAUAUACAAUCUGACAGCAAAAUCAGAACUGAUCUACCCGUUUAUGGACUAUUUGACACAAGCUGCAGAGAGCUACAGGCAGCGGAUGGAAUGGCUCACCAGCAAUAGCCGGCAGAUUUUUGGUGUCAUAUUGGAACAGUGUAUCACCAUAGUGCUGGAUUUCAGUGAUGUUCUAGAGUCAGAGCUUAAUUUGUGCCGAGACGCUUUGACAAUGGUCUUCCAAGAGCAAGUGGCUCAAAUAACCAAGUUCAAUAUCAUAUGGGUUUCUCAAGAGCCCAUUAAGUGGCAGGAUCAUGCUACUCUUGUGACUGAACAAUCCAUAGCUGCUGCCAUCAGUUGGGUUGAAAAAAAGAUUUUUGAGCCAAUGAUUAUGCUUGAGGAUAGCAGCUUGGAGGCUCUGCUGGAAGCUGCCAAUGACAAAACUAUUGAAUCAAUUUACUAUUUUGUGGUGGGGGAUGUCCCUGAAGAAUGCAAGGAGAUUCUCUUCCAAAGGGCUUCUGAACUCCUAUAUCCAGUCUGCAUAGUGGCCUUCAACACCAGAGGGGAAGACACUAUAACUUUUCUUAAGAGUCUGUGUGUCAAGACUCAGAGCAGAUUCCAUGCAUUUGCUGAGAGAACAACAUGCGCAGAAUUUCCUAAAUUCCCCACAAAGGAUGAUGACAAUGUGAUUACUUGGAAUUCAAGGAAACUGAAAGGAAAACUCCCCCCAGGGGCUGGAGUCAGAGAGGACGUGUUUCUCAUUUGGAGGGAGCUGGAGGAAGCCUGCAGCACACUGGCCCAGGUCCAGAAUCUGGUGUCCCUGGCAGACUGUGGGUCAAGAGCACUGCCUGUUGAAAAUGAGCCAAAUGCAGAAGACACCUGGGACUCUAAGAAGUGGCUAGAGAAAUAUGGCUUGAAGGCCCAGAAGUUGUCAUUUUAUGAUGUCCUUGCCGAAUGUUCCUUUCGCCAUGCUGAUGGAGUUGUUGAUAUAAAAGCCAAACCAGAGGAUGAGUCUGUGCAGACCAGUGCGGAGUCCCAGAAGAAGACAGUCCAUGCAAAAUACUGCAGCAAGUUUAUACACUCUUCCUGGAAGGAUGGGAGUUUGGUACAUGUCAACAUUACCAAGGAAAAGUGCAAGUGGUACAGUGAGAGAAUUCAUACAGUCAUGGGUGAGAUCCAAAGGAGGAUUAAAUGGAUACAAAAUAGGAGUCAAAACCUCUUUGGAAAAGUACAGAAAGAUUGCAUUUACGUCCUUAUUGAUACAUCUCACUCAAUGAAGAACAAACUGGGCUUGGUAAAGAAAAAGAUCAUUCAAUUUAUACAGGAACAGCUGAAAUAUAAAAGUAAAUUCAAUUUUGUGACAUUUGAUGCUCAGGCAGUUGCUUGGCGGGAAAAACUUGCUGAAAUCAAUGAAAGUAAUUUGGAAAAGGCUCAGUCGUGGAUUAGAGGCAUUCAGGUUGGAAGCUCCACAAAUACUCUUAAUGCCUUGAAAAUUGCUUUUGCUGACAAAGAAACACAAGUAAUUUACCUUUUGACAGACGGGAGACCUGAUCAGCCAUCAAAAAUGGUGAUAGAUGAAGUUAAAGUUUAUCAGAAAAUCCCUAUUCAUACCAUCUCCUUCAGUUACAAUGAUGAGAUUGCAAAUGUGUUUUUGAAAGAGCUUGCUUCUUUGACUGGAGGAGAAUUCCAUUCUUACAAUUUUGGCUGCAAGGAUCCCACACCACAGGAGGUGGUUCAGAGUGAAGAUCUGAUUCUUUUGGUUCAGGAAAUGGAGAAAGGUUACAGUGACCUGCAGAAGGUGCAAAGCCUCUAUUCGGAGUCCUUAGUUAUGGACUGGUGGUACAAUGCAGACAAGGAAGGAGACAGCAAGCAUCAAAAGGAAAUCUCUUUAAUGGUUUCAAUCCCAGAAGACAGUGCAAAGCCUCAGCUUGAUGUUAACUCAGCAGUUGAAUUACCCCUAAAUAUGUUGAAAGUACAAUGGGACCUUCCAAUUCAAAACAUUCCAAAAAAGAAAAUCCUCCAUGCAGAAUCAACCAAAACUAGCCUGCUUAGAAGCCAGAUGUCCACUCCCAAGAGCUCAGCCUACAAUGAAAUGAAAGACAUGAAGGAUGGCCUCUCCAAAGGCUGGAGCAGCUGGAACACUGCUCUGAGUAACAAAGGAAUGAAUUUACUGCCAGUGAAUGAGUAUAUGGAUGACAAAUUGUUAGGAAAAUCAAUGGAAGAAGAGAACCAAGUUUACAACUCCUCACAGAUGUCCUCAGCAAAAUGGCUACAGACACACAGCCUGGUGGCCAAGAAACUGACCAUCAUGGAUGCUUUGGCUACAACUGCUGUGCCGCACAGCCCCACCUAUGUACCUGUUUUGGACAAACAUGUUGUUUCCAAGGUCUUUGAUGAGGUGUUCCCCCUGGCACACGUGUGCAAUAAUACAAAUAAGAUGACUUUCAUUAACCCCCAAGGAGUCAAACUCAAUAUCUACAAGCAAAAAGUAGAACAGGCAAUCAAGUCCUAUGAAAGGCGCUUGAAUAAAAUUGUUUGGCAAGCAUUAUCUCAAGAGGAAAAAGAAAAGCUAGAUUCAGUCAAGCCAAUACAGUACUUAGAAAACAAAGCAGCUUUAAACCAGGCAUUAGAACGGUUAAAUUGGCCCAUUUCCUUGAAAGAACUAUCGAUGCUGGAGAAUGAAAUCUUGGCUGGGAAAAUGUACAUUCAGCAGGCCAUGGAGCUCCAGGAGGCUGCCAAGAAGAACUGUAUGAACAAGGCUGUGGAGGAACAACAGAAAUUGCAAGGAAAUUCAACAAAGAAAAGCAAACCAAAAAAAGUUGAUCCACUCAAAGGCCACAAGGUCAUUGCAAGAUGUGACGAAAAUGGUUUUUAUUUUCCAGGGGUUGUGAAGAAGUGUCUGAGUUCUAGCCAUGCACUGGUGGAGUACAGGUAUGGAGACACCAAGAUUGUGCCUAUCUGCUUUAUCACACCUAUUGGAGGUGCCAUGCCUUGUCCACCUCUGCAGGUUGGGGAUUACGUGUUUGCCAAAAUUGUGAUACCUGAAGGAUUUGACUUCUAUGUUCCUGCCAUUGUCAUAGCACUUCCAAAACAGAAUUUGCCCUUGGAUAAAUUCUACACAGUUUUGAAGUGUAACAAUCGUAGAGAAUUUUGCCCUCGGAGUUCACUUAUUAAGAUCAGCCAAAACAAAUACGUUCUCGCUUGCUCUCAUAUAAAGUCACCCCCAAUUCAGGAUUCUUCAAAAAUAGAGAAUGAGGAGGCAAGGAACUCUACUUUCCGGACAACAAAAGAAGUUGACACUGAAGAUUUAAAAGAUCUGAGAAAGAAGAAGAGGAAACCUUCCAAGAGGCUACCUGUCCAGGAGACAGUGACCUCGGACUCAGACAACUCUUCCCAUGACAACAGGUCCCAAGAGUCUCACUCCAAGACACACCCGAAGCCCAGGGUGGGAUAUGGGGGGCAACACGGUGCAUCCCUAGAGCACUCUGAAAUCCCUUUCAAGAACAGUCAAGAGCCUCACCUGGAGCAGCAGGAGCAACAGGUUCCUUGCUCCACGGUCCCGGGAGUAGGGUCCUGCGGCCGAGGAGGUGGAGGACUGAGAGAGACCAGAGCCAGCAGGGAAGAAAAGGAGCGGCUUAGCCAGAGCGAGGAGAGCGGGCGGAGAGAGAAGCGCAAACUUUUAUGGGGGAAACAAGAGACAUGCAUAGAAAAUCUUGAUUCAAAAUACACAAUUGUGGCAUUGGGACCAGGAUUUGUGUCCAGUGUGGAGGAUGCAGCCGAGGGGGCUGAGGACAGUUGCCAAGGCUGGAGCAGCCACUUUGGAGCUGAAUGUGACUAG